AUGGACAUGAACCUAGCCGCGGCUGCUGCUGGUUUGGAGGGCGGAGAGGGAGCGGCUGCGGCUGCGGCUGCGGGGGCGGCCGCGGGAGAGGUUGCGGGAGCGGGAGCGGGAGCGGGAGUGGCUGCGCCUUCUGGUGCGGCGGCGGACAUCGGCGCGGGAGCUGCUGGUGCUGAUCUGGGCGGCAUCGCUGAUGCGGUGGCUGCUGCUGCUGCUCGCGCCGCUGCCGAUAGGGAGGCGGCGUACAAGGAAAUCGACGCCAUGUACGAGGCCAGCCCGAUACGUCCAGCCCUGCGAGCCGCUUCCUCACACGUGCCCCUUUAUUUGCAGUACAACACAGACGACGACGUCGACGAGGACAACUUUGAGUCCUACGUGCAGAGGCAGGUCAAGGGAUUCGAGUCUCGGAUUCUGAAGACAGUGCGGAGGGGAAAGCAUGCUUGCCCCUUCUGUCCCUGCAAGGUGAAGGACGGCGCGCUGGCUUCCCUUGAGAUGCAUGCUAUGGACACUCGCAACAGCGCCCGCGAGUGGCAGGGCAAGGCUGACCACGAGGCACUUGCAAGGUUUCUGCUGGGUCCUCGCCUUCCCCGUUCCGGCAGGAUCCUCAAGAGGCGUCGCAACAUCUGA